AUGGAUCCGCUCUCGGCUGUGGGGCUGACCUCAGCAGUCGUCCAGUUCAUCCAAUUCGCGUCAACCCUUGUCCGGGGCACCCAUGAGAUCUACAAAUCCUCCGAAGGGGCGUCACAGGGAAGCCUGGAGCUCGAAAAGAUUUACAGCCGCCUAUCCAGGUUGGGUUCACACCUAACGGGCCGCGUCGAGUGCGGCGGAUACGGCACGCACGGAUUGCUGGCGAGCGGCUCGCCCGAGGAGGACCUGAAUCAGCUCGCUUCGUCCUGCCAAGAUGCAUGUAGGGAUCUCCUUCUCCUCGUGGAGAGGUUGCGGGUUAGCGAUGGGAAGACCCGGUGGUGGAAGUGUUUCAAGUCUGCCAUUAAAGAAGUGUUGAAUCAGGGUGAAUUGCGGAAGCUGCAAGAGCAUAUCGACACACUCAAGUCUGACAUGAUGUUCCUUGUAUCUAUCAUUUCUAACAAAAAUGUUUUGGAGCUCCAACAACAGGUGUCUGCCCUGAUGACACAAAACAAACAAUUAGGAUGCUCCCAUACAAUACCGGUCGUCUAUGGUAUAUUUGAACUGUAUUGGAGCCGUGCCAGCACCGUGCCAGCACCACUCCCUGGGCUCAAGCGGCUUGGAGCGACGUAUAAGGAACGGGAUCAUGCCCAAAAGGCGACUGAACUCCGCCACAGCAUCUUGGACAAACCCGGCGAGCUCGAUGGGCUUGACGGGCUCAACGGACUCGAUAGAGAUCGAGUACAAAACACCACACAACCCUUGCAGAGUAUCUUCAGCUGGCUUGACGGGCUUGACGGGCUCGAUAAGCUCGUUAGGCUCAAGGGCUUCGACAGGCUCGAUAAGCUCGUUAGGCUCAAGGGGUUCGACGGACUCAAGGGCCUCGACGGUUUUAAGGGGCUCGACGGACUUAAGGGGCUCGACGGACUCAAGGGACUCAACGAGCUCUAUGGGCUCGACGGGCUCACGGGGCUCGAUGGUCUCAAGGGGCUCGACGGGCUCGAUCAGUUCGACGGGUUCGACGGGCUCGACGGGCUCAAUGGAGAUCGAGUACAAAACACCACAGAACCCGUACACAGUAUCUUCAGCAGGCCCAAUGGGCUUGAUGGGCUCGAUGAGUUCAAUGGGCUCAAUUGGCUUGAUGGAAAUCAAAUACAAGACACCACAGAACCCUUGCACAGUAUCUUCAGCUGGCCCAUCGGCCCCGGGGGGCUUAGUGAGCUCGAUGGGGUUAAUGUCGACAAGACCGAUGACAAUGACGAGUCACAAAAGACGGAAAUAUUCAGACAAAGACUCCAAAGACUUCGCCUAAGACUUCACCUAAGACUUCGCCUUAGACUUCGCCAAAGGCUGCGCCCAAUUGAUAUCGACGCGGCGAGGAUGGAGUCAUUGACAAGCAAACUAUCUGAUUUAUCUCUUGGAAGUCAAAAUAUUUCCAUUGCUUUAGAGAUCCUGGCCUCCUUGGACUUCCCUCAAAGACCUAUCAGGCAAAACAACAUUGCAGAAGCCCACUCGCGAACUUUUCAUUGGGCACUCAAGGGGCACAGACCCGAAGAAGAUGAUAAUGGGCUUCGAAGAGGCAAGGGUGACCUGCGGCGAUGGCUUGAAUCCGGAGAAGGCGUGUUCUGGAUCUCCGGAAAACCAGGCUCGGGAAAAUCCACCUUCAUGAAAUUUGUCACUGGCCAUCCUGACACUCGUCGUCUCUUGCAGUCUUGGGCCUCUCCUAAGAAGCUCGUCGUUGCUAGUCACUAUUUUUGGAGCAUCGGCACCCUGAUGCAACGAUCCCAGCAGGGCCUCUGGCAAACUCUUCUCUUCAACAUCCUUUCUAAGGCGCCACACCUUAUCAGCGAUGUCUGCCAGAAACGUUGGCGUCAAACCAUGAGCUCUGAGCGAAUCCCUACGCAGCCGCAGGAUCCGUGGAGUGUCGGGGAGUUGCGAGCAUGCUUCUCCCAUUUUGGCCGGCUCAGCUCCGGGGAGACCAGGUUCUGUAUUUUCAUCGAUGGCCUUGACGAGUUCGAAGGUGAUCAAUUAGAUAUCGCCGAGACCCUCUUUGAACUCUCGAAUUUUCAGGGAAUCAAAUUGUGCGUGUCCAGUCGUCCGUGGAAUGUGUUUGAAACGACGCUCGGGCGGUCGCCCGGCUCAAAGAUUUACAUUCACGAGCUGACCACGCCUGAUAUAUUGGCAUUUACAACAAGCCAACUAUCGCGGCAUCCUUGUUGGGGUCAAAUAGCUGCUUCGGAUGGUGCUGAGUCAUUGAUCCAGAACAUCACAACACAGGCUCAGGGGGUUUUUCUUUGGGUAUUUCUAGUUACAAGACUUCUCCGCGACGAAUUGACUAAUGGCGACACCCUGAGUGACCUCCAAAAAAUCCUCAAAUCGAUUCCAUGGGACCUGGAGCGAUUUUUCAAACAAAUUCUGGACAGUGUCUCGCAAGUCUACUACGCUAAGAUGGCAGGGUUCCUUGAAAUUGCCAUCGAGAGCAAGUGUCCCUGCGACGCGGUCAUCUACUUUUUCCACGAGAGAGAGUAUGACGAUGUUGACUUCGCUCUAAAGGAGCCUGUCGGAUUCGAGGGUCAAAAUGACGUGAAAGAAGCCUGUAGCCGUGUUGUGAAGCGCUUGGAUGCGUUUUGUAAAGGCCUUCUCGAGGUCGACACAGGUGGUCGUGUGCAGUUCAUUCAUCGCACGGUGGCGGAUUGGCUCAGAACAAUGCCGGUGCGCUCCUAUCUUAAAGGGCAUCUCUCAAAAGAUUUCGACGCUCGACUGGCCAUUAUUCGUGCUGAGCUCGCGCGAUACAAGCGCUCGCCGCCCGGAACCGAGGUGCGCGUCGACGAGUCACGGCCCACCAACUGGACGGGAGACGGCUGGGAUCGCCUUAAGCAUGGAAUAUCAGAAACGCAGGCAUAUUCCAGGCUUGAGCUUGAUUCAAAUUUCCUAAUCAAAGUCAACCAGAUAUACGACGAGUAUUCUAGCGCUUCUAUCGAACUCUUCCGCGACCAUUUUGUGAAGCUGAAUACACCAUGGGACGAUGACACCCGCCGGUAUGAGGCCAAGUUCCUUGUCAAAUUCCGGAGUAUGCUCUUGGGAAACUGUGAAUCUUGGCGCUACCUCCUCCACAAGAGUGAGAAAGACCCAAAUUUCUUGCAAGGAGUUGCUGAGUGUCCAUCUGUACUUCGUUUCCCAGAUCGGGACACAGUACCAGCUGAGAUGGCAAGUAUAGGCGCUCAGCUCGCAAAGUCUCUCCUCGUACUUCAUUUGAGGGGCACGGUGACCGAUGCCCUGAUUGAUGGUCAGCUCCAACCCUCAAGGUGCGAAUUUGUGCGAGAGACUUACGACAUGCGCUUCCACCUGCUCGACGAGGGCGCGGAUGGGGGCUGCCUUGUCACAACGGCAACGAAUAGAGGAGGGUCCUCAUCGCCGAUUCCGGUUUGGCUCGCCUGGGCGAUAUUGGCCUUCAAACUUGACGAUUUGAAUCGGCAUCCACGGUUCCUCGAGACGCUUGACCGACUUCUGUCGGUGGGUGUGACGAAGGAUACAAACACGAAGUCAGUGGAUGUGGAGAUGUUAGAGCAGCUGCUGUGUGCGCAAGUUCAAGCUCUGCAAGGAAGACCGUCGACUGAGACAUUCCGGUGGCAUUUCCUGUCCAAUGAAUACCUUUUCAUCAAACAGAAAGAUGGUUCUGAGGACCAGGAAGACGAUUCCGAGGAUCAGGCAGACGAUUUUGAGGACCAGGAAUGUUGUUCUGAGGACCAGGAAGACGAUUCUGAGGACCAGGGAUGUUGUUCUGGAGGGCAAAAAUUUCAUCUCGAGGCUACGGAGGAUAAGUCAGGGGAAAUUUCUAGUGAAGAUUUUGAUUCGAAUUUUCACAUGUUUGAGGACUCAGCAAGCCAUUCGCCAGGAAGCUCACACAAAAGAGGGCUCUUCGAUUGUUCAGCAUGGGGACUUGACGAGAAACAGCAAUCAUUCAUCAUGGAGCAGGAAAAUACUUUCAGAGAUCUGGAUGAACCGUCUGGCGGAGCCUCAGACGGCGAAUUCGACUCAAAAUUUCGUAUCCUCGAGGAUCUGGAAACUUGUUUGCCAAGGAGUUCUCACAAAAGAGCGCUUUCGAACGGUUCAGAAUGGGAGCCGUCACAACGUGUCCGGCGGUAG